AUGACGGAUUGGAGCAAAUUGAAGGUCACGGACCUGAAGGAUGAACUCAAGGCACGCGGGAUUCCCCUUACCGGUCUCAAAUUGAAGCAACAAUAUAUCGAUAAAUUGGAAGAGCACGAGGCGCAGAAUUCGGCACAGCCAGAAUCUGUGAGUGACGACGCCGAGGAUGCAGGCGCAGAAGAACAAGCCCCGGCACAACCAAACGGCGACAACAGAAAGGAGCACGACGGAGCCUUACCCUCUUCGGACGAGACUGAGCAGAAGCCCCAGGGACCGCAUGAUGUAGAGGAUGACAAGCCACAAGAGUUGCGACAGGAAGAUCAACAACCUCAAGACAUACAACCGGCUUCUUCCUCCGCGCAAGAGCUUGAGACAAAGGAGCAGAUCUCAGCGGACUCUGGAGGUCAGAAGGAUGUUCCUCUUGUUCCGGAAUCCGAAGAGCUUGAGAAGCAGACCAAGGAAACCAAAAAUGAAACAGACGCAGCCAAUCUAAAUACGAAACAAGAUGCGGGCACGGAUGAUGGGAUCGAGCGAGAGCCAGCGGCGGUUGCUGAACCAGCUAGCCCUGGCCAGAAGACCGCCUUGCAACCAUCCGCUGACCCGGCCCACCAACCUUUGCUGGACUCUGCUCAAUCUAGUGAUCUAGCAGACGAGGAAAGAAAACGAAGGAAACGAAGCGCAACACCAGUCCCGUCGGAAGAAGAUGUCGCGCGCAAAAAAGCCAGACUGAGUAUGGAUGGAGAAGAUGUGACUGUGGAACAACUCUCUGAACUGGAGCAAAUGAAGUCAGCGACCGAGAGUGCAAAACAGAUUCGAGGCGAGGCCACGAAUGGAGGUCCUCCAGCAGAAGUCAUCGUUGAACAGCCGGGAGAGGAUAUGACCAUGACCACGGAAUCUCUGCAGCAAGCGCAAGACACCACCCCUGAGGAACGCAAGCGACUUCCGGAAUCACCGCGCAGAUCCAGAAGCCCUUCUGAAGAUCGAGAUGUUCCUCCUGCGAUACAUCCAGCCACGUCGAGCAUCUACAUCCGCAAUUUCAAGCGCCCACUUCACAUCCCUUCACUCCGGAGCCACGUUGCAUCAUCAGCAAAAUCGCGCUCUUCUACCGACAACUCUGAUCCGAUCACGCUGUUCUAUCUUGACAGCAUCCGCACCCAUGCCUUUAUCUCGUUCACGUCUGUUGCAGCCGCAUCUCGAGUCCGCUCCGCCAUGCACGACAUCCGCUAUCCCAACGAAAGCAUGCGCGAGCCCCUUUUCGUCGACUUCGUUCCCGACGAAAAAGUCCAGUCGUGGAUCGACCAAGAAACAGGUGGUGGCUUCGGAGGUCGAGGUGGCGGUGGCCGGCGAUUUGAGGUCGUGUACGAAGAUCGCGAUGAUGGGGUCGAAGCAGUCUUGCAAGAAGUUGACGCCAACAAGCCCCAGCACCCUCUGGCGCCCAGCCGCAGCUCUAGGAUGUCAACGUCGAUCGAUAGACCAGGACCCGAACCACUUCCUGCAGGUGUUCAUCCGGAUCGUGCAGCAUUUGUUCCUCGCGAGCUUGGUCAAGAUCGAGACAGAGAUCGUGAGCGUGAGCGUGAUCGUGUACGCCAACCUCCUACCGGCCCCAAAAAUGCAGAAUCCACAGGCAGAGGCUUCAAGGCGCUGGAUGAGCUGUUCCAAUACACGACCACCAAGCCGAAAUUGUAUUACAAGCCUGUCCCGGAAUCAGUGGCUGCAGAGAGAUUGGACAUGUUCCGCAAUCUUCGUGUCGGAUAUGCUAAUUUGGGUCGCAGCGGAGACGAAGGGAUGAAAAGAUACAGCUUCGAACAGUACAAAGGAAGGGAGGAAUGGGUCGACAAAGGGCCGGAGUUUGGUUACGGACGACGAGGGCAGGACCGUUUGGUUGGGGGUCGUCCCAGGGGCGGUUUCAGAGGGAGAGGAGGUGAUUCAUGGCGCGGUGGUAUGGCGAGAUGA